AUGGCCCUGUUCAAGAGAGAUGCAGUCUCUGAUGCCUUCCAACAUGCCUGGCAUGGGUACUCUACACAUUGCUUUGGAGGCGAUACAUUUCACCCCGUAAGCAACACAUGUGACAACGGCUUCGGAGGCUGGGGUGCGACUACUAUUGAUUCAAUCUCGACUGCAAUCAUGCUGGGAAAAGGCGAUGUAGUGAACCGCAUUCUUAAAUGCAUCUCAACGCUGGACUUUACCAAAGUUGCAGGAGGUGCCAGAAUCCAGAUGUUCGAAGUGACUAUCCGACAUUUCGCUGGAUUGAUCUCGGCCUGGGAUCUGUUGAACGGUCCAUAUCGUGCAAUGGCAAAGGAUGAGGCCUUGAUGAAGUCCCUGUACUCUCAAAUGAUCAAGCUUGGGGAUUCGUUGAGUUGCGCCUUCGACACUCCGUCCGGUGUGCCGCGGAACUGGGUUGAUCCAGCUCUAUGCAAGUCUGACGACGGCACCUCGAACACAGUUGCAGGAGCAGGUACUUUGAUCUUGGAGUUUAGCAGAUUGUCAGACAUCACCAAAGACCAAAAGUAUGCUCGACUUGCUCGUAGAGCUGAGUCGUACCUUCUCAACCCUCAUCCGAGCGAGUACGAGAUCUGGCCUGGGAUUUUGGGAUCUUUUCUAACUGUUGCCGAUGGUGAUCUCAUUAAUACAAAAGGCAGCUGGGGAUCUUUGGCAGACUCGUUCUACGAGUAUCUGCUCAAAGCCUACGUCUACAAUUCAGAGGAGUUCCCAUUCUACCUCGAACGCUGGCUAGCAGCCGCCGACUCGACCAUUAGGUACAUCGGCUCCCACCCAUACGGCCAUCCAGAAUGGACCCUAAUUCCCUACUGGGAAGGCGACAAAACGUUCAACUACAUGGACUCACUCUCAUGGUUCGUCGGCGGCAACAUGAUUCUCGGCGGCAUGGUAACCAACAACCAAACCCUCAUCGACUAUGGCCUCUCAGUCGCCAACACCGCUGGCGAGAUCUACCACUCGACCCUCACCGGCCUCGGCGGAGAGUUCACCGGCUGGACAACCGACUGCACAGGAGACUGGGCCGCAAAUUGCAACGCCGAAAACUCCAUGCGAAUCACAAGCGGCGAAUUCAAACUCCGGCCCGAAGUCUUGGAGACAUGGUAUUAUGCUUUCCGAGCAACAAAGGAUCCGAAAUAUAGGGAAUGGAUCUGGGAAGCCUUCGAAGCGAUUACGACGCAUUGCAAGACCGAGACGGGAUUCAGUGCUAUCCAAGACGUGAAUUUACCUGGAGGGGGAAAGAAAUUGGACCAGCAGGAGAGUUUCCUUUUCGCGGAAGUUUUUGAGUAUACCUGGCUGGCACAUCUGGAAGAUGAUAGGAGUGAGAUGCAUGUGCAGGAUAGUAGGACGGGGUUGAAGAAUACUUGGGUGUAUAAUACUGAGGCGCAUCCUUUUAGGGUAGUUGGUACGCCUGUCUAGGGAAGGAAGAAUGUCGUGGAGUGUUGAAAUAUGGAGGCCGUCCUCUUUGAUGUUUCUUGAAAAGUGUACCCAUAUCUUCGCACUGUCUGAGUAGUCGGCAUAUGGAAAGGUUGAAGCUCAUAAAGACAUCCUCGAACGCAAGAAUAUAAAAGCGGGACUAUGCUGGCGGAAAAUGUAUCAGUGUCUGCCUGACCAAAUGUCUAUGAACCAAGCUCGUAUCUCAUCGUGCGCCUAUUUGACAGUUCUUGCGGUUUGUGAAAGCCAGUCAACUCGUAAGGAACUGCAUCUACUGCAGGGACUUCUGCUAGCCCAUAACCGUGUCCUCGAUGAUCCUGGUAUGAUGGAGGUCCAGAGCGACUUUGAUCGAACACUUGUCCACUCGCAGGUGUCAGUUCAGUAGCACUUGUUAUCUUAUUUCGCCUUCGUCUCAUGACCACGAGCACAGCAACGGCAGCGAUGACACUGGCACCAACGGCACUGCCCACGACAAUGCCGACUAGUGCCCCGGCGGAGAAUGCAUUCCCAGACUUUGCAACCUUUGUACCAGUGGAAGCUGCACCAGUGGCGGUGGCUGUGGGGGGCGCAGUAUCAUUGCUGUUAAUUUCGAUAUGCUCUGAGCAACUGCCACCCACGGAUAUGAGUCGCGUUUCGGUGGUAUCGUUGACUUGCCACAGUGUGUAAGUACUGGCGUCAAGGUCUACCAUCAUAUACGCAGACGAGAAGAAUUCUUUUCCGAUAAUGGGAACGUCGUUGGAAUUGACGUUCUCUAGUGGGGCCAUAAGAAUUGUGGAUGCCGAAGAAUUUGACACGAGAGCACCCGAAGGAUCAACGUAUUGAUCCGGUAGAACCAGUGCAUCAUUGCGUAUG